AUGGUGGGACUGAGAAACCGUUCUACAUGGGAACCAUUGCUACUCAAGGCCUCCUGUAUCAAGUCCUGUGCCAACGGCUGCUCCCUGGGCAUCACCACACACCUCACUUAUGCCAACGCUGACAUAGAGUCUGUAGAAGGUGUGUUUGUGUACCCCCUCGGAGAAAAGGAGGUUGUGGUGGGCUUUGAGGCCGCAAUUGCAGGCCGACUGGUCGGGGUCCAGAUACAGAACCGAGGGAAGCUGAAGGACUGCUGUCUGGAUUGCUGCCCUGGAACUGGUCUUGAAGGCCACUGUGGGAACGGCCGGGAGUGGGGCUGCUGUGGGAGCUCCAGCCACGACAUUCAAUGCACCAACGGGCAUCUCAUCCUGGAUGAAGACCUUGAAAGAACCACCUUCAUUGUGGGCACAGGGGUCAUUGGCCCCAUGGAUAUAGUGUCUAUUAUCAUAAGCACCACACUGGAACUCCCUACAUUAGAAAAUGGAGCAAUCCACAUCGUCUACCCCUCAUUACUUACUCCAGUUGUCACUGGGCAGAUGACUUCAAGCAAGAGUGAAAAUGGAGGGAAGUUAGAAGAACCUGGAGCAACCAGCUGUUUCGGUGCCACCUCAGGAAAACAAGGCCGGGUCCUGGACUCUGAGCAGCAAUGUACCCACACCAUCUUCACCAGUCCAGCUGCCAGCCUGGCACCUUAUGAACUCAACUUCCAGCUACUUGUCAGAGGGGCCUGCCUGCUGGCUGGACUGGAGAGCCCCACUCAUGCUCUGAGAGCAGAUGCAGACCCCAGUGCCCAAAGUGCAUCUGCCACCUACAUCACCUUGGCGCAGGAGCAUCCAUAUGACAGACACAUAGAGAUCAUUCUGCACCUCAGUGAGCCUCACAACCCCUUGGUCAUCUUAGAGAGAGGCAGGCUCUCCUUCAGCCAGUAUGAACAGCUGAUCUGUUCCCGUCGUGAUUUUAUCCGCUGCACCCGCAAAGAUUCAGAACCAGAAAGGAAGCUGGAGUUUGUGAGGAAGCGGUACCACAAGGACAUUCUGAGCAGCCCCGUCUUGAUGCUCAACUUCUGUCCUGAUUUGCUGUGUGAACCUCUGGAGCUGCACAAAGCCACCAGAGAGCUACUGUUCCUCGUAGAUCGCAGCGGCAGCAUGAGUGGCACUAACAUCCGUCGUGUAAAGGAAGCCAUGGUGGUGGCAUUGAAGAGUCUCCCUUCUUGCACUAUGCUCAACGUUGUGGGCUUCGGCACCACCAUCAAGCCACUGUUCACCUCCAGCAAGCUCUGCACUGAUGUCACUCUCAUGCAGGCAUAUGAGUAUGUCCAGAGGAUGAGAGCUGACAUGCGAGGCACCAACCUCCUGGGGGCGCUGUCCUGGGUGUACCAACAGCCCAUGCAGCGCUCAUAUCCUCGCCAGGUCUUUAUCAUUACAGAUGGAUCCAUUAGCAACGUAGCCAAAGUGCUGGAGUUGGUCCGCAGAAACACAUGUGCUGGCAGAUGCUUUGGUCUGGGCUUGGGCCCUCGAGCCUGCAGGAGACUCCUGCAGGGCGUUGCCAAACUAACAGGAGGGACUACAGAGUUCUUGGAUGAUGAGGAGAGACUCCAGCCCAAGUUAAUCAAGUCCCUGAAAAAGGCUUUUGAACCUGUGCUGACUGACGUGCGGAUUGACUGGUAUCUGCCAGAAAACAUGGAGGCUCUUCUUUCACCCAAUGAAAUCCCUCCACUCUACCCUGGGAAUCGCCUCAUUGGAUAUUGCACCCUGUACGAUAUGACAAAUUUCAAAGCAAAAAAGGCAGAGUGUCAAGGACAGGGCUAUAAACAUCGGGGCUCCACGGGUUCUGUUUUUGGCCAAUCAAAUGAUGAGCUUUCACCUCCUCCUGCCUCUGAACUAAUGCCUGUGGUGACAUGUGCAGAUGGCACCGAUUUGGAGGAAGCACUGAGGGAGAUCUCUAGAGAAAUCUCCUCUGAGUUCUCCUGUGCCAAAGACACAGACCCUGGCACCAGCCCAGGUGUGGAGCUAGACUGGUCCAAUGACGUGAGGAGGAGGAUCCAAGAAAGCUCUUAUAUCCAGGAGCAGUAUGUCCUCACUCGCUGCUCCCUCAGUAGUGAGCGAACAGGUGGGGCAUUUUUGCCUGACCCUCACUCCUCUAGUUCAGUGCUGGAUACAGGGUCUCUACCACAAGGCCUUGAAAAGAUGCCCCCUCCAGAACAGAGGUCAUCCUUGUCUCGCUGGGCCGACUCUGCAUGGCCACAAAACCUCUCAGCUGAAAUGCCUGAUAAUGGGUCAAAAAAGAGUGGGCGUCUAGAUGGAGGCGAGGAGUCUCGUAGGAGACAAAAAGCACUGGCCCGUUCAACCAUGGCAGCACGGAGUUUCUCGUCCCCCCAGGGCGAGCUUGAGAUGCAUCGCCUAAGGAGAGCUCUGGAGAGGGUCUCCUUUGACCAAACACUGGGAGGGAGGCUGGACGAAAGUGAUGGGGAAACAAAGCCCCCAUCACGAGGGACACUGUCCCGCAGAAGCCUCACUGACUCCAAUGGUCUCCUGUUCCCCGCCUCUCCUCUGGACUGGGACAACUUCACAGAUCCAGAGUACCUCUUCACUGCUGUUCCCCCAGAGGAUCCCCCACCAGGUCAGUGCCGCUCGCGCAUUCAUGGCCUGCUGAGUGGCAGGCCUGUGUCCUGGGAAGUCACUGUUGACCUGGGGCACCUCUGGACCCCUGAGGGCCAGGAGACAUCAGGGGCUGAAGGAUGUGGAGGAGGAGGGGAAGAAGGAAAGGGAGGGGAACCAUGGGAGGAGAUUAUUCACCAACUGGCUGCUCGCUCAGUUAUAAGAGACUUUGAGAAAAUGGCAGAGAAGGAGAGUGACAUUGGACAUGGUUCAGCUAAGCGAUACCGUAUGAAGGCUAUCCAGACCAGUAAGCAUUGUAACAUUAUCUGCAUGUACACAGCCUUCACUACCACUGAUAGCAACCCCAACAAAGGCUUGCCAGAAGGCAUGGACGUCCAAAACACAGGGAUGCAUUUGGGAAACAAGUGGAGUUCCCAGUCAGGUAGUCGCAGGCAGAGGGCCUAUUCUGUUGGUUUGGGCAGACGGCGCACCAGUAGAGACAGUGAAGAGAUUGAGGACACCUGGAACUCUACAGACAGAGAUGACACUCCUGCCUCACCCUGUAGCCUUACAUCCUGGGACUCUAGUGUAGGAGGUAGUGCCUACUCUGCUACAGCUCCAGCAAUAACAGGCGCCUCAUGCACUCGUUCACAGCGAUCUAUAGAGAGCAAGUCAAUGGAGAGCUUCUUUGGCGCCAGGUUCCCACUGGGCAGACUCAGGUCCUCUAUUUCAUCAGGAAAGCAGAUUCCUCUCAAGUCCCACUGUUUGUCAGCAGAGACUGAGAAACAACCUGAAACUGAGGCCCCGGACUAUCUUCCCCUGGUGCGUCUGCAGCUGGCUUCAGGGGCUUUUCUUCUGACGGAGAUCUACUCAGACUGUGUCCAGAUCCCCCUGGACCGCCUAAAAAGAGCUUCACCCUACAGCCUCCACCGUCGCAGCCUCAGCCCACCUUUCCGUUGCACUUCCCCCAGCGCUCCAUCUUUAUCCACCUCUGCCAAACACCUGUCUGACCGAGACCCUGUCACCUCACCCCCUGACCUCCCCAGCUCCGAGGAGGGCUCCCUGGAGCUAUCAGUUGGCCUGUCCCACAGCCAAAGCCACGGCCAGGCAGAUAGUGGUCGCGGAUCAGAGACAGAUGUUUAUGAAGGCUCCACAGUAGAGCCAGCUGACCUCCAGGGGAGCUGCCUGUUGGCUCAAGAAGACCUGGAGGGCUCAAGCUGGGCCACAGCUGUGGCUCUAGCCUGGCUGGAGCACCGCUGUGCGGGCUACUUCAUGGAGUGGGAGCUGGUGGCAGCAAAAGCAGACUUCUGGCUGCGCUGUCAGGAGCUGCCUGAGGGGGUCGACCUGGCGGGGCUGAAGGGAGCCGCCAGACAGCUGUUCCUGCUGCUACGCCACUGGGACGAGAACAUCAAACUAAACAUGCUGUGUUAUAAUCCCAAUAACAUGUGA